AUGGCGGGCCCUGUCAUGCCUGGCAGCCACUCUGUUGAACGAUUUGUAAUAGAAGAGAACCUUCACUGCAUCAUCAAAUCCCACUGGAAAGAGAGAAAGACUUGUGCUGCACAACUGUUGAGCUAUCCAGGAAAUAACAAGAUCCCCUUGAACUACCACAUAGUGGAGGUGAUAUUUGCAGAAUUGUUUCAGCUUCCAUCUCCACCACACAUUGAAGUCAUGUACACAACGCUUCUGAUUGAACUGUGCAAACUUCAGCCUGGCUCUUUACCACAAGUUCUUGCACAAGCCACAGAAAUGCUCUACAUGCGUUUAGAUACAAUGAAUACAACAUGUGUGGACAGAUUUAUUAACUGGUUUUCUCACCACUUGAGCAACUUUCAGUUCCGUUGGAGCUGGGAAGAUUGGUCAGAUUGUCUUACUCAGGACCUUGAAAAGCCCAAACCCAAAUUUGUGAGAGAGGUUUUGGAAAAGUGUAUGCGACUCUCCUACCAUCAGCGAAUAAUAGACAUUGUUCCUGCAAGUUUUUCUGUCCUCAGUCCUGCUAAUCCAGUGUGCAUUUACAAAUAUGGAGAUGAAAGUAAUAGGUCUCUUCCUGGAUAUACAGUGGCACUCUGUUUAACAAUCGCAAUUAAAAAUAAGGCCAGUAAUGAUGAAAUCUUCGGCAUUUUAAAAGAUGUGCCUAAUCCAAACCAGGAUGAUGAUGAUGAUGAAGGAUUUACCUUCAACCCUCUGAAAAUAGACGUCUUUGUUCAGACUCUGCUCCAUCUAGCUGCAAAGUCUUUCAGCCACUCCUUCAGUGCCCUGGCAAAGUUUCAUGAAGUCUUCAAAACACUUGCUGAAAGUGAUGAGGGGAAACUCCAUGUUCUGAGGGUUGUGUAUGAGGUUUGGAAGAAUCAUCCACAGAUGAUUGCUGUGCUUGUGGACAAGAUGAUUCGGACACAAAUUGUUGACUGUGCUGCAGUAGCAAACUGGAUCUUCUCUUCAGAGCUUGCACAUGAUUUUACUAGGUUUUAUAUCUGGGAGAUCUUACAUUCUACGAUUCGAAAGAUGAACAAGCAUGUUCUGAAGAUUCACAGAGAACUGGAGGAGACUAAGGCAAGAUUGGCCAGGCAGCACAAAAGACGAGACAGUGACGAUGACGAUGACGAUGACGACCGAAGCAGCGAUCGGGAAGAUGGACCACUAGAAGAGCAGAUAGAGCGCUUGCAGGAAAAAGUAGAGUCAGCCCAGAGUGAGCAAAAGAAUCUCUUCCUUGUUAUAUUCCAGCGUUUCAUUAUGUUGUUAACUGAGCACUUAGUGCGCUGUGAGACUGGUGGAAUUGAUGUAUUUACACCUUGGUACAAGAGCUGUAUAGAGAGGUUGCAGCAAAUAUUCCUGCAGCAUCACCAGAUAAUCCAGCAGUACAUGGUGACCCUAGAGAACCUCCUGUUUACAGCUGAACUGGACCACCACAUACUGGCUGUGUUUCAGCAGUUCUGUGCUCUGCAGGCCUGAGGAUUAUUCACAGGCAGAGUCUUGUCUGCAGGACUUCACUGAUUUUUUUUUUUUUAAUGCGAAAACUUGACAUGGGGAUAGAAGAAAUUUUUGACUAAAACUGGCUUU